CAAAACAUUGCAACCAACUAUACCAAAGGGCUUCAAAAAGGAGUCCCCUUGGAGCAGCAACCACACUGGCAGGAAGAGCCCGUGGGAACGGAGCAGAGGGCCGGACACUGGGAGCCCGGAGGCCCAUCGCUCCAUGGCUCUGUUUCUAUGAGCACAGUCACUAGAAACGACCCAGUGUCCCCAGCAGGGCACUGGUAAAUGCUUCAGAGGGAGCCACACCGUGGAUGCUAAGCGGUCAUGAAAAUAAAGUUUUAAAGAGUUUAAUGACAAGGAAAUGCCCGCAGGAGGGCAUCGGGUGGAGCGUGGUGUCAGCUCGCAGGCAGAGCGGAAACCGUCUGCAUCUGGGAUCCCCACACAGCGGGCACUCCCGAAACCCUCCUUCCUUCUCUCCGGACAGACUCUGAGCCCGCACAACCACUGCACUUGGCUAAGCCUGUGGCGCCUGCCAGGAUACGGACGGAUGAGCGGAGAAGUGGCCGGGAAUUCCCACACGCGGCCCAUCGGCGGCGUGAGGGAUGGCCAAGGUCACAGCAGGGACGCAGAUCCGCCGUGCCCAACCAAGCUCACGGCUUCAGUAGCAGCAGAACACAGCCAGGACCCAGCCGAGGUCCCUGUCACCCAGGAAGGCGCCCACGAUCCCAACCCAGCUAGCAGUCUGCGGCCGACCGCCAGCCCCCAGAACACACGAGACCAUGCCAGCUCAGGGCCCGGGUGGGCUUUCCCAAGGCCCGGCCCCCGUCUCCUCGCCUUCUCUUGUUCAUAUGGCCACCGGUCUUGGCCUGACCCUGGCCUGGGUCUUGUCAAUCACCCAUUAUGCUGGGGGCGGCCCGGCAGGCUGGGAGCUGCUGUCCUUGGGGCUCUGGGAUCAAGGCUUCUGAACAGCAGAGGAAAUCACUCUCAAUUGGCUGGGAAGGAGGAAAAACAGGGGCGAGGGCAGUGGGGGGGAGGAGAAGCCCGGGGGCAUUUACUGCUGCCGUGGGAAUGGCCGAGAAGGAGCCUAUUGCAGCUGGAGGGAUGCAUGGGCCUGGGGUGGCAGGUGCUCUCAGGCCUGGGACAGAUCUGCCUCCAAGAUGCUCCUGCCAGCGCCGGACCCCGAAGCCCCCGCUGCCGAGGCCAGCCUGGAUGGGGGCCAGGACGCUCCCUCUGCGCACAGGGACCCUUUGCUGCGGCCCUUGGACACUGCUCAGACCUGUGCCAGGCACUCGUGGGGAUAUUUAAGGGGAAGAGGCCAUGGCGGCCUCAGAACAGGACUCGAGAUAAGGAUAAGGCCUGCCUGGGACAGAACAGUUUGUCCAGACCUUGUACAGAAUGUGCCAGAAUGUGACUUUGGCUCCACUGUGUCUGAGGUGGGAGAGACCCGCUCCACCUGCUGGCCACUCACCAGCCUUCUUGCCCGAGGGUUAGGAGCUCUGGGUUGUGGCCACUCAGCAAAGAAAGCCUGGGGAGACCCCCCCCUGGACCUCAGUGUCCCCAUCUGAAUCACAAUCGGGAGGGAGGGACAAGAUGGUCUCUGUGGGCCCCCCCGGGGUCACUGUUUUAGCUUUUAUGUUCUACCCCCAGAAUUCCACUUGUCCAGGCCUGGACCAUGGCAGUGGGGGCGCUGAGAUGGGCAUUGCCCGCCCUGCGGUGGGCGUGCGCAGGAAACGCACACGGACCCCGGAGCCCGUCUCCACCUGCCCCGCAGAGCUCUGCUUCCCUCUGCCGGCACCCCCUUCAGGGGCACCCCUGGGGCCGGUCCCCAGGUGCCCAAGGUGGUUUUCAUGUCAUUUUGGGCAUGAGCCCGGCCUCCGGGCCCCUCCCUUGUACACACACCCUGUCAGCACCCCAGGGAUAGACAUGAGCAACGCUGGGCCUGGACAAGUACGUACUCAGCCACCGCUCACAAGCCCGGGGCAGCAGCUCUUUCUGCCCACGGGUCCUGUCCCCGGGCUUUAAUAAAACCACCAUUUUGCCCUGAAGACAUCUCAAGAGUUCUUUCUUGGCGUGGGCUCCAGACCCCACCAACCUCCCCUAUAUUCCAAAACUACAUCAGACACGAGCCACUCUGGGCCCAGGGAAGCAUCUAAUACACACUCAUAACUUAACUUGGACAUUUGAUUAGAAAAAGUUUGUACAAGGAUCCCCACUUUUUUUGGCUGGUGAGGCUGGGGUUCCCACUCGCUCCCAUUUCUCAGGUUAGGAGCUGUCUACAUGAAUUUCCUCUGUUCUCGGGGUGAAAUCUGUCCUACCUUCCCCACUCCCACCCCCACCAGAGGCUGAAGCGACAGUGGGGGCCUCUGUCUCCCACUGUCCCCACCCUGCUCCCCAGCCUCAGGCUGUGAGCUCCCCAGGACACGGGUGGUAUCUGUCUCCUUCCAGCCAAAGAGCAGCCAUGCCUUCGAAGCAUUUGGGAAGGGUGGGAGUGAGGGACAGAGGGAGGCCCCGUGCAGCCCUUGACCCAACCGCGGGCCUCAUGGGGCUAGAAACGCCCACGUCAGAGCUCCCUGGUGGGUGUAAGAGUCUGCUGGGAAGAGUGAGCGUGGGGGGCAGGCCCUGGCCAGCCCCAUCUCCAGCAGCUGCCCUCCCUGGACCCCCUCCCCUUCCCUGCGGUGUUGCCUUGCCCUGCUCCAGCUGGGGUUCAUGCUCAGCUAGAAAGAGCUAGAAAGAACUGUGUCUCCAGGGCCCGGCGCAAGGCUGACUUUGUGUGGUCAGAUUCAGUGGGCCUGCCCGCUAGCUCAGAGCCUGGCCUGGGGACAGGAGCUUGAGGACCCUCAAGGUUCUGGGAACUCAGGGAGGCCCAGGUGGAUGCUGACUGUGGAAGGCAGGCCUCCCAGAGCUCCCCAGAGGGGCUGCCAGCUCAGUGGUUCACGGGAGGGCAGGCCGGGGCUCGCCAGGCCCGGAGGGGACCGCACUGCUACCCAGGGCCCAAAGAGUCAGCGUGGCCAGCCAGGAGUUCCACUUCCUCUGGCGGUGGGACUGAACCUCUCUGAGCUCGGUGGGGUUCUGAAGACAACAUGAAAGACUGCAAACCCCUCAGCACAAAGCCCGGCACGGGGUAAACGUUCACAGGGGGCAGCCGGGUGGGGAAGGAGGAUUGAACCCCUCUCACUGCCCUCCAGCCCCCUCCCUACAGUCUUCCACGGGGACGGGGGCCUUCUCCCGAUCCUACGGAGCGCGCUUCGGGACAGGGCAGCCGCAAGACUCCUUCCUACCUCCUUCCCCGCGGAGCCUGGAGGCCUGGCUCCCGGCCCCGCAGGGGGGUCUCGAGAACAAGCCCCGGCACCAGGCUGGCAUGUGGCGGGUGCUCGGUCCCGGCUGGACUCAGAUCUCACCUCGGCCGUGCCCCAGAGUCCCCGGGGCUGAACAGGAGAAGCUGGGCAGAGCAUGACACUCAUGCCAGCCCCGUGGGGCUCACGAGGCCGGCUGGACAGCGCCCCGGCAGGGCUGACGUCCCCGGGGCAGCUCUGCCAUGCGCCUGCUGACAGCAGUGGUCCCCAGCAGCUCCUUAGCCCAAGACGUCCAGCGCGGGAGAGGGGCGGCUUGUCUGAUGGUGGCGCCUGCCCCACUGGGGAGGUCACCGGCACUUGCUCCCCGGGGAGCCUGCCCUCUUUACACCUCUCGGCAUCUCUUCUAGUGGGCACGGUGACCUUUGCCUUGACGCUGCGUCUGUCCUCCAACCCAGAAAGCCAGGCCGGGGCCUCCCCUUGUCCUGUUGCCGGCUCCGCCCACCCCUCGGCCCUGCGCAGGGACCUGAAGAAAUGACCUCCCCAGCUAGUUCCAGCUCAAGCACUACCACUUGCUCCCCAAAUCCCAGACCUAGUCUAACCACGAGGAAGACCCCAGGCGGACCCAAACUGAAGGACAUUCUGCCAAAGACGCGCCGAGUUCAAACGCUUCCCCCCAGACACCCGAGCGAGGGGGCGGUCUGGGGAGUCUCUGCUCCCAGGACCUCCUGGCGGGGAGGGUCCGCACCCCGGGGCAGGCGACACAGGAUGUGCCACCCCAAGGACAGCGCAGACCCCGGAGGCGGCGACCCCUGCCCCAGGCACUUACUGUUUCAGUUUUUGUUUGACUUGCGUUGUUGCUACAAUGUCGUCCGAUAGCCAAUAAAAA